AUGCGCAAACAAGACGCCACAACAACGGGCGGAGGCAAGAGUGGCAACACGACUGCCACCGACCGUCAGCCUGCUGCGCCAAGGCAAGACGCUGCAACGGCAGCUCAUGAAGCCGUCUCUGCACUGUCUGUGGCGAUCGACAAGGUCGCACACCUUGCCGACACGCUGCAACGUGUUGCAGAGGCAAUGAUGACGGCCACACAUGCGGCCGCCAAGCAGCAGCCGCAGACACAGGUUGUCUGCCCUGGUCACGUCGUUAUUUCGUUCGACCCACGAGAAUUCUACAAGUUUGGUUUUCGUAUUGUCAUGUUCAAGAUAUGCUUGGAAGAAGCGCAGACACCUUGCUUCCGCCAGUGUACCAGGACAGGGGAGAAAAAAAGAAAAAAGGUGCGUCAGCUGCGGCACUUGGAAGCAGGUGCAGGGGCGACGCCGGCGGGCGAGGAGCAGGAAGUCCGUCUGAUACGGUCCGCCGCCGUCACCAGGGAAACCGGGGCCACGUACCGCGCAGACUCACCGGAAGCGAGGCGGGCACAGGCGCUGGCGGACCCCGCAACCUCCGGGCAACUGUUGCUCACGCAGCCGGCAGUGCCGCUGUCGGAGCCGGAGCGCGCGGCGUGGCGGCUGCGCGAGGCGUGGCUGUGCGGCGGCGCGCUGUCUCCGCUGCCCGCGGCGCUGCUGUCCUCGCGGCUGGGGCCGUCGCGUGUCGCCGGCGCCGCGCUGCUGGCCGCCGGUCUGCUGCAGCCGCUGACGCCGCUCGCCUGGCUCACAGCCUACCACUGGCUGCUCUGCGCCACGCAGGGCUUCGCCGUGGGCGCUGUGUGGCCUUCCCUACACGCCCUAGGAGCUGCCUGGUAUCCUCCUCUUCAGCGCACCGGAUACAUCGCUCUUUAUUCCAGUGCGGCGCUGGGCCCGGUGCUGGCGUCGUGUCUGGGCUGGUGGCUGGGCCGCGACGGGCUGGGCUACGCGCUGUCGCUGUCGUCGCUGCUGUGGUUCCUGGCCUGGCAGCAGAUGGUGCGCGACCGCCCGCACCAGCACCCCAGACUCUCGCCCGACCAGUGCUCCAGCCUCGCUGCCGCCAUCGGACCUUCCUUCUCCAGCGGACCGCCGCCGGCCGUGCCGUGGCGUCACCUGCUGACAUCGGGGCCAGUCUGGGCUUGUGCUACCGCCGUGGCCGGCAGUCUGUGGGGACGCGCCGCACUUCUGCUGGCAGCCACCAAGUACCUGCGCCACGUGUACGGCUUCGCCCUCACCUAUGACCGCGUGCUGUCGGUGCUGCCACACGUGGGACACGUGGCGACAGCGGUGCUACUGGCUGGCCUGGUGGACAAGGCGCGCGCGCAGUCGCUCGUCUCCACCACCACGGCGCGGCGACUCAUCGUUUACAUUGCUCACCUGCCGGCCAGCGCGUUGCUGUUCGUGCUGGGCUACAGUGGCUGCGACCCCGCCGUGCCCGCAGCCCUGUACACGGCCGCCGUCGUCGUCACCGGAGCCACCCCCGCUGGCGCCACCGCCAGCUGCAUGGACCUGGCACCCAACUUCGCAGGCGUGGUGCUGGCGGUCAGCCAGACGGCGGGCGCCGCGUCCUCACUGGCUGCCGCGUACGUCGUCAGCGAGGGGCUUCACGGGUCGCUACCUGGCUCUUGGCGGAUGGUGUUUGGGGUGUCAGCGCUGGUGCUGACGUUCACGGGCAUCAUCUUCAUGGGGCUGGGCAGCGGCAGCGUGCAGCCAUGGAACUCCGUGGCGAGUGACAUGCAGCACCAGCAGCAGGCGCAACCGUCGCCCUCUGUACCGGCCUCGCCGUCCCCACGCCAGCAGCAGCCGCGGGAGCAGCAGCAGCAACAGCAACAGCAGCACACAGAGUCCGCGCCGCAGCCGCUAGAGGUCUCCACCAUGAUGAUCGCGCCAGCCACCGGUGGCUGCAUCGUCUGAGUGCGGCGUCAGCCACGAACCCGCCCGCCGUACAUCGCUCCCAUGCCCUGUGACGCAACAUUUUCACUUCAGUGGAUAGCUGUUAAUGGCAAUUUCUCUGGCGUUUUCAAUCAAUCGUAAGGCUGCAAAUGCGUGCAGGUCACGACACCGGUAGGGAAUGCCCGCUGCAGUGGACUGUGUGAAUAUGCAGCCUCAGGACAGACUGAAAACGCCAAAGUAGCGACCAUCAACAGCUGUCCACUGCAGAUGGCGCUAUGCGCCACUGGGAUAAUGUACUGAACGUUCUGAUAAAAAAUAAAGCACUGCUAUGUGAAUUUUGAGAGGUUUCUUGAGUGAUCGUUACAAGGCACAUUGUCGAGUGAAUGGACGUGUUUGACAUUAACUUCAUUGACUUUGGCAUAUGCGGCAUGCUACGAUUUUACAAGUAGCCUUACAGGUUGGCCCUAUGUCAGUACCCGGAUAUAAAUUUAAUAAAGCAGUGUGACGAAAUUAAGGGGAAAAAACGAAACUAUCGCCUUUAAAAAUUAGAAGAUUUCCAAGUGCUGUUAAGUGACCUCAUUAAGGUAGUCGCAGAUGUCCGAGUGCAUAGCGCGGAAGUGACUGAUCCUAUUGUCUCUGUUUCAUAUCUCACUAGCAGUAACGUUCUUUUAUAUUUUUUUAAAUUUUGUGUUUAUUAACAAAUGAAAACCUUAAAUACAAAUAUUGAACACAAAAUCUUAAUAAA